AUGUGUCCCGACCUCUCCCCCGACAUCCAACAGGUUGAUGAUGCCAGGAAAACAGCUGUCAUCGACAGAGAGCUCUCUCGGCUAGGUGUAGACAUUGCAUGCUUGCUGGAGACGAGGCUUGCAGACAGUGGCACCCUCAGAGAAGAGAGCUACACCUUCUUCUGGAAAGGUAAACCCCCUGAAGAACUCCGCCAGCAUGGUGUCGGCUUUGCCAUAAGGAACACACUGAUGACCUCCAUCGAGCCCUCUUCAGCAGGCACAGAGAGAAUUCUGACCUUCCGCCUGUCCACGUCUUCCGGCUCAGCCACCAUCAUCAGUGUGUACUCGCCCACGCUGUACUCUACCCCUGAGGAUAAGGACCAGUUCUAUGGUGCCCUGGAUGAUAUAUCCCGAUCCCCCAGCACUGACAUGCUUUACCUCCUUGGCGACUUCAAUGCCAGAGUGGGAGCUGACCACGAGGCUUGGCUCUCCUGUCUCGGUGCCUACGGACGCGGGAAGAUAAAUGACAAUGGCCAGCGUCUGCUAGAGCUGUGCUGCUACCACGGCCUUUGCAUCACCAACACCUUCCCGUGCAAAGAAAUCCAUCAGGUCUCCUGGAGACAUUCUCGUUCACGCCACUGGCAACAGCUCAACUUGGUAUUGACCAGACGCAAGGACCUUGCCAGCGUCCUCCUCACUCGUACCUACCACUGUGCUGACUGCGACACUGACCAUUCCCUCGUCGCCAGUAAGGUGCGCAUUGCCCCGAGGAAGAUACACCACAGCAAGGAGAGCGGACGGCCACGCGUCAACACCUGCAAUGCCAGAAACCCCCUUAAGAUGCAGGGCUUCCUGAACCUUCUCAACGUGACCCUAGCAAGGGGGAUGUCUGAAGACGACACCACAGACCUCAUCUGGUCCCACCUGCGGGACUCGAUCUACAGUGCAGCCAUCUCCGCUUACGGAAAGAAGGAACACAAAAACGCUGACUGGUUUAAGGCUCACUGGGACAGGAUGGAGCCUGUGGUUGAGGCUAAGGGGAAGACCCUUCUGGCCUACAAGAACGCCCCAAACCCCACCACGCUUACUGCACUCAGGGUUGCCAGGAAAACAUCCCAGCAGACAGCUCGUCACUGCGCAAACACCUACUGGUUGAAUCUCUGCAGUAGAAUACAACUUGCUGCAGACAUAGAUGCAAGAGGGAUGUACGAGGGCAUCAAGAAGGCGACAGGUCCAGCGCCCAGCAAGCAGCUAGAACGAUGGGUUGAGCACUACCUGGAGCUGGACACCACACAGAAUGUUGUCACUGAUGCUGCCCUUGCCGACACCCCCGACCUGCCUGUGAUGGAGGAACUUGAUGCCCUGCCCACAAAGGAGGAGCUCAGCAAAGCCAUCAGCAAUCUCUUAAGCGGAAAGGCCCCAGGGAUUGACAGCAUUCCAGCAGAGGUCCUAAAGGGUGGGAAACCUGCACUACUCGAGCCCCUGCACACCCUUCUCUGCAAAUGUUGGGAGAAAGGACACAUCCCUCAGGACAUGCGUGAUGCGAACGUCAUCACCCUGUACAAAAACAAGGGUGACAAAAGCGACUGCAACAACUAUCGAGGUAUCUCUCUCCUGAGCAUUGUGGGGAAGGUCUUCGCACGAGUCACCCUUACCCGCUUACAGACCCUCGUGUCUACUCUGAGUCCCAGUGUGGCUUCCGUGCAGGCCGGUCAACAGUAG